UACGUUUUCAGUCAAAUGUCAAACAUCUACAACGAACUAUAUCUGAUGUUUCAAAGUUUUCUGCCUAUGACUGAGAGCAAUGGUAGACUUUUCCUCAUAACAAAGUUGAGAAGUCAUUUUCUCUCAAUGAAAAUUACAGAUACUCUUCACCUUUCUUUUUCUAGAAAACGCAUUAGAAUUCAAAUAGGGUUUGGAAACGAAACCAUUGGUAGUAUUUUCGAUUCCACCAUGUUCGUCAUAAUUUUGUUCAGCUUGCUUCUGUCACAGCAUCAUUGUGCUGAAGUUUAUGAAAUAACUCCAUCACAACCAUUUUCACAGACGCAAACCCUUGUCUCCCCCAACCGCGUUUUCGAAUUGGGGUUCUUCAGUCCUAAUGAUUCGGUUAACAAGUACGUGGGGAUAUGGCACACGAACAUAUCUCCGAGGAAAGUUGUAUGGGUUGCCAACAGAGAAAAUCCGCUUGCAGCUUCAGAUACCUUGGCUAAUUUGACAAUUAGCAGCAAUGGGAAUCUGGAGCUUGUAGAUGGGAAGCAGAUUUCUCUUUGGUCAGCGAAUAUUUCUAAUGGUUCAGCUGCAGAGCUAUUGGACAGCGGAAAUCUUGUCGUAAAAGAUAAUGAUGUCGGAGCUGAUCCAUUGUGGCAGAGUUUUGAUUAUCCUAGUGACACACUUCUUCCAAGUAUGGUGCUGGGAUUGGAUAGUAAAUCCGGAAAGCGCAGUUUAAUGAAAGCCUGGAAAAGUGAUAGUGAUCCAUCAGCUGGCUUGUUCUUGGUUGGACUUUCACUGGACGUUCCAUCACAAGCGUUCAUUUGGAUUAAUGAAUCGAAACCCUACUGGAGAAGUGGGGCAUGGGAUAAAUCAAGGUUCAUCGGGGUACCAGAUAUGAAUAAUCAAUAUCUAAGUGGAUUCACUCUAACUGAUGAUGUGAACCGGGGAACAAAAUCUUUUUCUUACAGGUUUUUUGACAACACGCCUUCAUAUUUUGGCAUCUCUUCGGACGGAGUACUGAGUCUUAAGCUUUCGGACAAUGGCAGCAACUGGUGGCUUAACUGGGAGGCACCGGUGAAUCCAUGUGACAUUUAUGGAACAUGUGGAGUUUAUGGUGUCUGCAAAGGUUCUGAAUCUCCAAAUCCAAAUUGCGAGUGUUUGAAAGGGUUUGUACCAAAAUCAAAUGAGGAAUGGAGCAACGGAAACAGGACUGGAGGGUGUGUGAGGCACACCGAAUUGUUUUGUGAUCAAAGUAACACAAGCAGGUCAUUGGCUUCAGGAGGAAAAGAAGAUGGGUUUAGGAAGAUGGUGGGAUUAAAGCUACCAGAUUUUCAUGAGCUUAUCGAAAAUCUGGAGGCUGACGAGUGCAAGAUAAGAUGCCUAAAUAAUUGUUCUUGUCAGGCUUAUGCGCAAGUUAAUAAUAUAGGGUGUUUGGUCUGGUCCAGUGACCUUAUUGAUAUUCAAGAGUUUGCCUCUGGCGGGAUGGAUCUUUAUGUUCGCCUAGCAAACGGAGAAUUAGAUGAAGGAAAGCCAGUAAAGCUAAUUGCCAGCGUCACUGCUGUUGGUUUUAUUAGUAUCUUGAGUGCCAUAGCGUUCGGCUUUCAGAGACUGCACCGUAAAAAAACAGGGAACAUGAAAGAAAAAACAAAGUUAAUGCAGUCGAAUCAUUCAAGUGAUAAUUCAAGGGACAAUCUUCAAGAAUACAUAAGAAAACAUGAUCCAUCGGAGCUAUUCAUCUACGAUUUUGACAGCAUAUUAAAUGCCACAAACAAUUUCAGCACCAUGAACAAACUCGGGGAAGGAGGUUUCGGCCCUGUUUACAAGGGUAAGCUACAAGAAGGAAAGGAAAUAGCAGUAAAACGAUUAUCCAGUAGCUCGGGGCAAGGCAUAGAGGAGUUCAAGAAUGAGAUGCUGUUGAUCUCCAAACUCCAACACAAAAAUCUUGUUAGGAUCAUGGGCUGCUGCGUCAAAGACGAUGAAAAGUUACUGAUUUAUGAGUUCAUGCCUAACAGAAGCUUGGAUACUCUUCUAUUCGAUCCAAAGCGCAGAGCAGAGCUUGAUUGGGCUAGACGCUUCAAUAUUAUUCAGGGAGUUGCUAGAGGGCUUCUUUAUCUCCACCACGAUUCCCGUUUGAAGGUAAUCCAUAGAGAUUUGAAGGUUAGUAACAUUCUCUUGGAUGAGAAUAUGAAUCCAAAAAUUUCAGAUUUUGGAUUGGCACGAAUCAUUGAAGCGACACAGAGUCUAGCAAAUACUCACAAGAUUGUGGGAACAUUUGGCUAUAUGUCUCCCGAGUACGCCAUGGGCGGGAUAUUUUCUGAAAAAUCUGAUGUCUAUAGCUUUGGUGUCUUGCUAUUGGAGAUUAUCGCUGGCAAAAAGAAUACUAGCUUCUAUUACAACGAAGAACAGCACGGAUUUUUAGCUUAUGUUUGGCACUUAUGGAACGAAGGCAGGGGACUGGACUUGCUGGAUGAAGUAUUGGCGGAUUCAUUUUCGUCAUCAGAAGUAAGGAGAUGCAUGCAUAUCGGACUUCUUUGCGUACAGGACAAGUCUGAAGAUAGGCCAACCAUGCCGGACGUAGUUUUCACGUUAAGUAGUGAGACGGAUCUUCCACUACCUAAGCAGCCUAUAGUUUCUAAUUUCCGAAACGCAGUCUAUGAUCCUCAACCUCAAUAUGACAAUAUUUUCUCUGCAAAUGAAGAUACCAUAACCGUGAUCGAAGGUCGGUAAGCAAUAGACCGUUGCUACAUCACAAUGCAAUGGAUUUUGGUGAUCGAACGUGUAAAGACAAGUAAGGUUACUGCACGUGUAAAAUUUCUGCAUCUUGUAGACCGCAAAUCUGCUAUUUAAUUAGUACAGUGGUAGACUGAGUUGAAAGAUAAUCGAAACAUUUUAAGGAA